UCGAGCACCUGUGCUGGCCAGUUAGUGUUGUGUCGACUGCGCGGCAGCAUCGUAGCUCGGUAACCAAGAUACUACGCCAUAUCAAUCAUGUCAACAACUGAAGCAUUGAUUGCCACUUUCCUCACCUUGGCAAUAACCACCGCGACGGACGACUCAAUUUCAGACCCAAUAUUGGAAGAACAAAUCAGGACUAGACGACAAGACAUACAAGAAAUUUGCAACUUUGGAUCCGAGAAUGACCUGACAAUGUGUGAGUGGAUGAACCGCAAUGGCUCCGUCUUGCAGUGGCAGGUUGGGGCGGGCACACUUGCUAACUGGCUUGGCGGGCCAACCAAGGAUGCAGGUGCUGGAGACGAUAGUGACAGAGGCGGCUACGCGUUCUUCGAGACCUCGUUCCUGGGCACUGCCCCGGACAUGCGACCUCCUCAGAACGCCUUCCUCGAGAGCCCAGUCCUGGAGACCACGGGCCACGAAGGGAAGUGUGUCACGUUCAGUUACUCCAUGGAAGGCUUGAGCGCGGCUGGCGUGAGGGUUAUUCUUCACCCAGUGCCGGCCGAAGGGGCGCCCGUGGGGUUCGACAGAAUCCUCUGGAGCGCCAAGGACCCCACCAACAGGAAGUGGGUUGAAGCUGAACUACUCUACACAUACAACACUGCUCAUCAGAUCGUGUUCGAAGCCGUGGCCAAGGACGCCUCGGACGCGUACAGGCGCUACCGCGGCCACGUCGCCGUGGACAAUGUGGGCCUCAAGCCCGGCUCGGAGUGCCGCGGCCACUGCACCUUCGAGAGCGGCUUCUGCGACUGGAAGAACGACGAGGAGAACGAUUUCGACUGGACACUGGGGCGAGGGAGUCACAACCCGUCGACGGGGCCGGCCACGGACCGCUCCAGCUUCAUGCACGGCGGAGUUGAGGGUGGCUACGCCUACAUCGACACGUCUUACCCGAGACGACCGGGAGACGUGGCGAGGCUGCAGAGCAUGGAGUUCGACGCGACAGGCCCUGACUCGCCCAUGUGCCUGCGCUUCUGGACGCACAUGUACGGCAACGGCAUCGGCAGGCUGAGCGUGAAGCUGAGCGAGGCGCGCGACGCCAAUGAACGGGAGAUCUGGAGUCUGUCUGGCGAAGCCGGCAACGCCUGGUACCAAGCGGAGGUGCCCGUAUCCUCCCCGAACCCGUUCAUGAUUGUAAUCUCAGGUGAAGUAGGCAAAAACAGCCUCGGGGAUAUCGCAUUAGAUGACAUUUCCUUAACGCUUGGAAGUUGUCCAACGACGCCUCAGAUCGCCGCCACCAGCCCCGGCGACUGCACCUUCGAGAUCGACGAGUGCGGCUGGAGCAACGCCGCGUCCAGGGAGCGCGUGGACGACCUGGACUGGGACCGGGUGUCCGGCCAGGCGACGCGCAUGGCCACCCACGACCACACGCUGGGCACGGAGAAAGGGUUUUUCAUGGCGCUAGCGAGGAACAACGUGCAGAGGCCAGGCAGUAAGGCGUGGUUCACUUCUCCGGAGCUGAAGGGAAGCAGUAAUCCGACUUGCGUGUCAUUCUGGUAUGUGUUAAACGAACCGUUUAUAGACAACAGUGGGCCUAGCCUGGGAUCCUUGGGAGUGUACUUAAGAACCACGGACAAGACUGGGCAUCACGUCAUGAAUCCAAUAUGGCGUCUGUACAACCAUCAGGGUCCUGAAUGGAGAUACGCUCAAGCUCAGAUACAAGACGCAAACGAUCACAUGGUGGUCUUCGAAGGUACAUGGGGGUCAAGCAGAGCGAACGGUGUGGUAGGAUUUGAUGACAUCACGUUUUUUGGUGGAGCAUGCUCAACUCUACCGCCGUCUGCUCUGGUGAGGUCAGGGGAGUGCAGGUUCGAGAGAGACACGUGCGAGUGGAUGAACGACACAACCGACAGAACCAUGCCCACGUGGAGGCUGGCCACCGUGUCGAGGAGGCCGGCCAAUCUACCUGACAAAACGUUCGGUGCUCCAGAGGGAUACAUUUAUUUCGACUUAUUCAAUCAGAACACCGGAAGUAAUGUGGCCAAGAUGGUCUCACCCAUCAUAGCGAGCUCCCAGGAUCAGCAGCUUUGCUUCACGUUCUGGUUUGCAGCUUUCGGCGCUGGCGACUCUGCCGAGCUGCGCAUCGUUCGACAAGACAACAGUUCCAGUGAUGAUCAGCCUCUCGAAAAGCUAUGGGUUUUAGAUGCGAAGAAGAUGGACACAACAAGGCCAAAGUGGACUUCAGCUCAAGUAACAGUAGAAGCUAGUACUGACUUUCGGCUUUUGUUGGAAGGGCAAGCAACAAACGGAGGCUUUGCAGUUGAUGACUUUUCAUUUUCUGGAGGGUCGUGUACAAUACGACCAGACGUAGCGGCUGUAUCAAAUCAAGCUGCUGUCUAACAGAAGAGCGGAAUGGUUACCAGCGAGUUCGCUUAGUAUCAGCUGUUACAUUGAUGUAAAAUAUUUAUGCGGCAAAAUUUUGACAUAGGUUUAUUAAAUUUAUACAAAUAUGUAAAUGUGUUAAUUAUUUUAACUUAUGCUGUUGUUAUGUAAAGUGGAAGAAAAUAUAAUUUUAUAGUAAAA